CACUGGACAGAAAAAUGCCAAAUUUAAGCUGGAGCUGGUGUGGAUGACAGGCAUUCAGGAGCCGCUUGCUGAAUUGAAUCAGGGGCGGACUGACAACUCAUGGGGCCCCCUGGCAAUAGGGGAUCAUGGGGCCCCUGUGUCCUUGCCCAAACUCAAAAAAGCCUAUGAAAAAGGUACCAUGGGCAUCGAAUGGGGCCCCCUACUGACCCCGGGCCCUCGGGCAGUGCCUGAGUUUCCAAAUGGUCAGUCCGCCCCU